AUGAAAUUCUCUCAUGCAGGGAUAUUACUCCAUGGGCUCAUUUCUUCUGGUUUCUUGAGAGGCUAUUUGGAUCUAUUUCUAUCUAUCUAUCUAUCUAUCUAUCUAUCUCAGUCUAUUCAUGUCUAUCUAUCUAUCUAUCUAUCUAUCUAUCUUAAUCUAUCCAUAUUUAUCUAUCUAUGUAUUUCAAACUAUUUAUAUCUAUCUAUCUAUCUAUCUAUCUAUCUAUCUAUCUAUCUAUCUAUCUCAGUAUAUAUAUAUCUAUCUAUGAUUCUAUCUAUGAUUUCUAUCUAUCACUUUGUUUUUUUCCCUCCAUUCUUUUUCUUUUUGUUACUUCUAUCUAUCUAUCUAUCUAUCUAUCUAUCGAUCUAUCUAUCUAUCUAUCUAUUUCAGACUGUUCAUAUCUAUCUCAUUCUGUUCAUAUUUGUUGAUCUAAUUUGGUUAAUAUCUAUCUAUCUAUCUAUCUAUCUAUCUAUCUAUCUAUCUCUACCUGUCUGCUUACAACAUUCUAUCUAUCUAUCUAUCUAUCUAUCUAUCUAUCUAUCUAUCUAUCUAUCUAUCUAUCUAUCUCAGUCUGUUCAUAUCUAUCUAUCUAUGUAUCUAUCUAUCUUUAGGUAG